AUGCCAUCCCCUCCAGGUCCCCCACACUUGCCCUUCUUGGACCCUGAGACCACCCUUGAGGAGCCAGAGACGGCACGCCUGCGCUUCCGGGGGUUCCGUUAUAAGGAAGCAACAGGACCCCGAGAGGCCCUGGCCCAGCUCCGAGAGCUGUGUCGCCAGUGGCUGCAGCCCGAGGCACGCUCCAAGGAGCAGAUGCUGGAGCUGCUGGUGCUGGAGCAGUUCCUGGGUGUGCUGCCCCCUGAGAUCCAGGCCUACGUGCGGGGACAGCGGCCAGGCAGCCCCGAAGAGGCCACCGCCCUGGUGGAGGGGCUGCAGCACAAUCCUGGGCACUUGCUGGGCUGGAUCACAGCCCACGUCCUGAGGCAGGAGGUGCUCCCUGCAGCCCAGAAGACAGAGGAGUUCUCAGGUAGCCCCCACCCCUCAGGGAUGGUGGAGUCCUCUGGGGCAGUCCCUGGGGAGAAUCCACAGGACUCCAGCAUAGAGGGGCUCCCUCAGCUCAGCUGCAGUGUGAAGGAGGAGCCUGAUGCUGAUGGGCAGGAAAUGGCACCCUCCAGCACCCCCCAUCCAGCCCAGUCCCCCAAGGGGUGCCUUGAACACCAGGAACCAGUCUCCGCAUCCUUCCACCCACCUAGGAUUCAGGAGUGGGGACUGCUGGACCCAUCGCAGAAGGAGCUGUACUGGGACGCGAUGCUGGAGAAGUACGGCACAGUGGUUUCCCUAGGGCUACAACCCCCACAGCCGGAAGCGCAGACCCAGCUGGAGCCCGGGACGCUGCCUGUAGGGACCGACGUCAGCAGAAGCGUCUGCCCGGGUGAGUGCCCCGUACCCCGCUGUGUUGGACCACACCUCCUGGGGGGAGUUUGCCUUGCAAGCCGAGAAAGGGGUGGGCCUAUCUCGCCGCAGGGUCCACGGGAGCCGGCCUUUGCGCGCCACCCCCGACGGUCGCUCACGGGGCCUCGGAGCUAUGCCUGCGAGGAGUGCGGGCGCAGCUUCAGCUGGAAGUCACAGCUGGUGAUCCACCGCAAGAGCCACGCUGGCCAGCGGCGCCACUUCUGCAGCGAUUGUGGUCGCGGUUUCGACUGGAAGUCGCAGCUGGUGAUCCACCGCAAGAGCCACCGACCCGAGGCCCCGUGA